AUGUCUGAGGAUAAAAUGGAACUAGACGAGCCACAAGUGGACCUGGAAGAGGAAGUUCUGGAACCGACUUCUGAGGAAGUAAACUUACAAGCGGUAAAUAAACCUCCAAAGAAGAAGUUUGAGGUUAAGAAAUGGACUGCGGUAGCAUUUUGGUCAUGGGAUAUAGCUGUGGAGAAUUGCGCAAUUUGUAGAAAUCAUAUCAUGGAACCAUGCAUCCAGUGCCAACCUACGGCAAUGACAGACUGCGAGACAGAAUGCGUGGCAGCCUGGGGUGUUUGCAGUCACGCAUUUCAUCUUCACUGUAUCAACAAGUGGCUUCAAACUAGAAACGCCUGCCCACUUGAUAACCAACCUUGGCAAUUUGCAAAGUACGGCAGAUAA